AUCUCACUAACAAAUUCCUUCGAUAUAUUUAGCUCAUACAUACACAAAAAUUCAAUGGAGAAUCGUACUAGAAAUAGCAAUAAUAAUUCAGGUGACAAAUUUUCCUUCCCGGUCAUAAUGCCAGUCCAGGAAGGACAAGAAAUGGACUUUGAAUUCGGAUUUUCUGGGAGUGUUUCACCUGGAUCUCCGAAAUCACCGGCAGAUCAUUUGUUCUUCAAUGGACGUUUACUGCCACAUUAUUUCCCAUCUCAGCAGGUCACCAAUAUCAAUAGUCCAAGUUCAUUUUCCCGAUCAAUGAGCAGAACAAGCAGUGUUAGUAGUAGAGAUUCGCUCUGGUGGUCCUCGCGCAGCAACAGCACAAAUAGCCGUAGCAGUUGUAGUAGUAGUAGUGCGAGGACUAGCACGAGCGAAUCCUCUGAAAGGAAGUUGUUGAGUCAAGGAAAAAAUUCAGCAUUUGCUAUGUAUAUGAACUCGUCAAAGUACAUGAAUUCUUCUUCAACUCAUUAUACUGGUGUUUCGCCAAAGUGGCAAUUUAUUGUCACACCAGCACCAGUUAUGAAGAAAAAUGGCCAAUUUGUUUCGAAAUCACAGAAAAAGAGUCCCAUAGGAUGUAAAAGUUUGAAAUCGAGGAAACAAAGGAAGGAAAAUGGUAAAAGGAAAGUGAGAUUUUGGUUUUUGCGAAGACUUCUAAAGAAAUUUAUGUCAGCAUGCAGAGAAUGUCAUGCAAUGGAACCAACAAGAAGAGAGAAACAUUCUCGUCGUUGAAAUCUAUGUUGCUAGGAUUAUUAAAAAAUGUUUGACUGAUGAAAUUGCGCAUUUUGGAGUGUUCGAGUAACAUACGUUGAAAGAUUGACAUUACUAAUUGAUUGUGUUCUAAUAAUUGUUGGCUAGUUGAGUUAUAUGUGGCUAGUGUGGUGACGAUUGGCUAAAUUUUUUUAACUUUGGUAAUUAUUGAUUUAUGAUUUUGGGAGAGAAUGUUUUUCUGAAGUCACAUUAUGAUUGAACUUUAAGCUUUGAUUGUGCUAAUUAAGG